GAAGCUGUUGACGGUUCAGGAGCACAAGUGUUCAAAAAAUGGGAGGAUCGGACAGUGUAUGUGGAAAGUGAUGUUGAUGAAGAACUCUUAUUUAAUCUUCCAUUCAAAGGACAUGUAAAAAUAACAGGUUUAGUUUUGGUGGGUGAUUUAGAUGGUACUCAUCCUGCGCGCAUAAGACUCUUCAAAGACCGUCCAUCAAUGUCGUUUGAAACAAGUAGGGUGGAAGCGGAUCAAGAAUUCUCGUUGAAACAAGAUAGUAAUGCUCAAAUAGAUUAUCCUUUAAAGGCAUCAAAAUUUUCGAAUGUAACUCACCUUAGCUUGCAUUUCCCGAAUAAUUUUGGUGAUGAUAAAACACGGAUUUACUAUAUUGGCUUGCGUGGCGAAUAUAUAUCAAACAUAAGGAAACAGGUAUGUAUCACAACAUACGAAGCUAGACCGUUGCUUAAAGAUCACAAAGGAGAAAUUCCAGAUGCUGUUCAAAGAGGUGUUUUUUGA